AUGGAUCAACAGGUAGACCAUCUAGUCAACAAGACCUGGGCAAAACUAUGCUCAACGGCAGAUGAUGCACGUCUAAUGAUAGCAAUCAGUGGAAUUCCAGGGAGUGGGAAAACGGGUCUAGCAACAACAAUGGCGCAUCGAAUCAACCAAAUCUACGCCUCAGAGAACCCGACUUCACCUACACCCAUAGCAAGCGCCCUUCCAAUGGACGGGUACCACUUCACACGCGCGCAACUGGCCGAGAUGCCAGAUCCGGUUUUCGCGGUGGCGCGACGCGGCGCAGCCUUUACGUUCGACGGGGAGAAGUUUCUGUCUCUGGUGCGGGCCCUGCGCGCACCAAUCACUAGCACGACGGGGUCGCUCUACGCGCCUAGUUUCGAUCAUGCUGUGAAAGAUCCGGUGGAUGAUGAUAUUGCCAUCCCGGUGGAAUGCAGAGUUCUGUUCUUUGAAGGGAAUUAUCUGAGUCUGGAUAAGGAGCCUUGGAAGACAGCUGCGGGGCUGAUGGAUGAGCUUUGGUUUGUAGACGUUGAUUUUGAAGUUGCGCGGCAGAGACUGGUGGCGAGGCACGUUCUUGCGGGCAUUGCGAAGGAUGAGGCCGAGGCGGACAAGAGGGCUACAGAGAAUGAUCUGGUUAAUGGGAGGGAGAUUGUGGAUUUCCGGUUACCGGUUCAGGAGGUUGUCAGUAGUAUCUUUGAUUCGGGGUGGGCGAAGUGA